CUGAAAUCGCUUUCCUCGAAGGAUUCGCCUCUUCCUCUGUCGGCUUCUCUACGCAGCAAGAAAUAGGGGGUGCCAAUCUUCCGCCCUCGUAGACGUCUCGGCCCUGAGAUCUUUCACCACCACUAGUCAGCGAUGUCGGUCCAAGAGCAGCCUCCCGCGGCCUCGGGCGAGACGCGCGGUCCGUCCACGAGUCCGACGAGCUCACCCCGCCACAUGAACACCUUCGAGCGAAUGCUGUCGGGCAUCGCGGACGCGCUCACGUUCGCCGGCCACGUAGUUCUGCCUCCUACACCCAAGCACGCGUAAGCAGCGGCAGAGAGAGGCGGGAAGGGACGCAAAAAGGCUCAAACGACGCGCAGAUGUGUCUUGUUCUUCUCGCCUGCAGGAAGGACAAGAGCAAGAAGUAUGUGCGUCCGCCUCGCCGGCUGCCUCCCGUGAGCACCAGCCUGGUGCUGGACGACGACGAGCCCUCCCCGCCCCCUGUGAGGGCCACCGACGCACGCACCGUGACGCGCACCGGCACCAAGGACGCCAAAACUGCCGCCCCGGCCAUAGCAGACAGGAGGACCACUGCAGCCACGGAUGUGCCGUAGGAGGGAUAGGGUG